AUGUCGCAAGGAGCAGGCCGCGAGGCCGUCUUUCCAACACGACAGGCCCUAGGUCUGAUGAACAACAAGUUGAAGGGUGCUCAGACAGGUCACAGUCUGCUCAAGAGAAAGAGUGAAGCCUUGACAAAGCGAUUCCGAGAGAUCCUCAAACGUAUCGAUGAGGCCAAACGGAAAAUGGGCCGAGUUAUGCAGAUUGCAGCUUUCUCUCUGGCCGAAGUAUCGUAUGCAGUUGGCGGAGACGUUGGCUAUCAAAUCCAAGAGUCUGUCAAGACGGCCCGAUUUCGAAUCAAGACAAAACAAGAAAACGUCUCUGGUGUCUAUCUGCCACAAUUUGAAGGAUUUACCAAGGAAGAGAUCAACGACUUUGGUUUGACAGGUCUUGGAAAAGGAGGACAACAAGUACAACGGUGCCGGGAGACGUAUACCAGGGCCGUUGAGACCCUUGUCGAGCUGGCCAGCCUGCAAACGGCAUUCAUGAUCUUGGACGAGGUCAUCAAGGUCGUGAACCGAAGAGUCAAUGCCAUUGAGCAUGUCAUCAUUCCUCGAACAGAAAACACCAUCAAAUAUAUCAACUCCGAACUAGACGAGCUCGAUCGAGAAGAAUUCUACAGGUUGAAGAAGGUAUCAGGCAAGAAGCAGAGAGACCAAGCUGCAGCAGACGCCGAAAUGGCAAAACAGAGAGCGGCAGAGGCUGCAAAGGGCAACGGGAACCAGGAGCCCGAAGCCGACGCUGCAACACAGGAUGUUCUAGGAGAACAUGAAGACGAUGAUGUUAUCUUUUAA